UGUAAGGUUCAACCAUGACUCAGCAUGGAAAGCAUGAAUGGGGUGGUGUCUUCUGCCUUGUUCUUUGAGAUCUCUAUUGCAUAAGGAUAUGGCCUAUUGAUGAAAAAGUGCAAGGUUUCCAUACACUCGUCCACAUUUCCUUCAAUUGAGCACUGAGGAUGAAAUUCAGGUAUCGGCAGAUCAUGCUAUUCGACCGAUCAUAUGUCCACGUGACAUAUCGAGAUUGCCAUGGAAGACUGGAUAUGCUGAAACCAUUAAUGCUGGGAAAUCCAAAAGGAAUGAGGAUCAAGCUGUAGUGCAUGUAGGUCUUAUCACACGUCCCAUGAAGUUAGAGGGCAGUGGGUCCCAGUCCUCCAGUGCAUCCCAUGAACAAAACUCCAGCAAAUCUGAAACUGUGAUAAAUGGUCAUUCUGAAGAAACCCAAACCAUAAAAACUGUGAUGUUGCAACCACAGUCCUCUUCCUUAUCUGCAAGCCCUGCAACAGAACUGAAAGAGGAUUAUAACCAGACUAGUGAUGGUUCAACUAGUAGUAAUAGUUUUAGUAAUGGUAGGAAUGAAGAACAAAAUAAAAGUAAUGCAAAUGUUGAACCAUUUUGUAUAAGUCAGCAACCUCUUGGAGAGACUUCUCCUAGCCAGGUUUAUGAAUCAUCAACAAGCCACUCUUUAUCUAUACAUAGAAGUUCACAAACGUCUGUGUCAUUAACAUAUUACAUAUUUGGUGUCUUUGAUGGACAUGCUGGGUGGGGCGCAGCAGUAUCAGCUGCGAACCAGCUUCAUCACUUCAUUCAUGAGAAACUCUGUGAUGUUAUAGAUAUCCUUCUCCCAGAUCCUAAUGAAGAUAAAGAUUCUAAGCAUCAAGCACCUCUUUGGGCAUCUGAUAGAGAAGUUACUAUUGAAAGUGCUGUGACAGGGGCAUUAGAAGGAGCUUUUUGGCAGAUGGACAAUGUAAUUGGUGAAGACAGGCUAAAGUAUCAGUUGUCAGGAGGCUGUACAGCUUGUGUUGCACUUUUCAUCCAUGGCAAGUUGUUUGUUGCUAAUGCUGGUGACUCCCGUGGUGUCAUCUCACUUUAUGGAAAACCUCACCCAAUGUCUUUUGACUUUACUCCAGAAACUGAAACGCAGCGGAUUAGAAAACUAGGGGCCAUGCAUCCUGAAUUGUUGGGUGGAGAAUACACUCAUUUAGACUUCAUGAGAAGGCCUCUACGACGUGAUAUAGGCAAAAGAGUCUUGUACCGUGAUCAUUACAUGAGUGGGUGGGCUUACAAAACCCUGACUCCGGAUGAUGUGAAAUAUCCAUUAGUAUGUGGAGAAGGCAAAAGAAGUCGUGUAUUAGGCACGAUUGGAGUCACAAGAGGAUUUGGUGAUCAUGACCUAAAGGCUCAGUAUUCUUCAGUACCCAUAAAACCUUUUCUUACCCCAGAACCAGAGGUCAAAGUAUUUGAUAUAGAAUCUGCAGAUGUCACGGAUGGAGAUGUCUUGGUUUUGGCAACGGAUGGCUUAUGGGACAUCACAACCAAUGAAAAAGCAGGAGAAAUAGUCGUUAGAUCUUUGUCAUUGUUUCCUGUUGAAGAACAGGACAAAUAUAAAUACAGGUACACUGGUGCAGCUCAAGAUUUGGUUAUGAGUGCGCGAGGGAAGCUCAAAGAACGUAAUUGGCGAACUAGCGAUGACAAGCAUGCCACUAUUGAUGACAUAUCAGUCUUUGUUAUUCCCCUAAAGCCUUACAAGGAUGAGUAUCUAGAAUGGAAAUUACACCAGCAAACUAAUUUAGCAUGUAUUAAAAGUUCCUCAGAAAAUCUUACCAAAGAACCUCAGUUAACAGAAGCUGAUGUGAGGGAGACUGAUGUGACCUCUCAUAGUGAUAGCAAUAGUUCUCUCAAGGAAGUGACUCUUAUACCUUCUAGUCAGACAGACGAAAUAAGCACUUGUCGUAAAGAUUCACCAGAUAUUGAGCCUCAUGAAGACUACUUCAAGGAUGAGGCUUAAAUUGUAAGUACAAAAAGAUGUGUCAAACGUGGAGUUUGCAAUGCAUUUGACAUCCAUUUUAGGCAUUUUCUGUUUGAUGCUGGAUAUUGCUUAGUGGACAGUAAUAUUUAGUAUACUUGAAUGUGUACAUGCACUGAGCAAGGCUGUUUUUUCAGUCCCAUGUAUCAAAGUUUCAUUGUUAAUGCACUUGAGGUGGUGCCAUUAUACCUAAUUGUGCAUUUUUGGCAGGAUACGCAAAACACAAUACAGUAGUUUUGUUUAUACUGUAGUAACAAUUGUUACAUAUUUGUUAAUAGGCUCCAUGGCAAAAAUCUGAAAUUGUUUUUUUGUCGACCUCAUUUACCAAAGCAUUGUUAAUAUAUUUAAUAUAUUUAUUCACAACCUCAAAGAAGGUAUCACAGUUCCACACAAGAUGGCUUAAGCUCUGUACAGAUUUAAAUUUCUUUCAAAACAAAUCCUAGCUAUAGAAGGUAAUGAUAGUUUUGAAUGGGAUUUUAAUCUAACUGACAUCAUUACUGCUGCUUCACUAUGCUAUGCAAUACUUAAUAUGUAUCUAAAUAAGAUCUUGAUUGCAGUAUAAACAUUCUAGUACUUGUAAUGUGAUUAACAUUUCUUUUAGUAAAUCUUCAUUGCUAUUCUUCUGUGUGUAACUGUGAUACCACAUAAAGAAAGUGUGUGCUC